AUCAGCAAUAAGUAGCUAUACAAUUAUCGAUGUCUUUAUUUUUACAAAUCUGUUAAAUGGGUUUGAGGGAGGGAGAUUUAAUAAUAGCGCAUAUUAUUAUGCACUCAAAGUACGCAAACUCAUUAAUGGAAAUUGGAAUCGGAAAAUAAUACAACAAUAUUAUAAUUAUCAACGUAUGUACAGUAAGAACGAAUUAAUAAGAUGUAUCUCUAACGUGUGUUGAUUGAAAAUAAAUAAUAAUAGAAAGGUCACGAAUACAAUCGAAGUUUUGUUGUUUGUGUACAUUUCGGUUGGUCAUUCGGAUGCUGCUAUCUCAAAAGCAAACCAAACACAGCUUCACAACAACCCCAGUCACGUACGCAAGUUUACGAUAACAUCCAUCAUAUUGUUGUCUCAUUAUGCCUCUAAAUGUGAUAACACGUUAGGUCGAAGGCCAUAACUUGGAACACACAGAUAAAUACUAUUCAAUGCAUCGACAAUACUGAACGAGGCUAUUUAAGCGCUGGCGAUCUCAAUAGCUCUCAGUCGGCAGUUGAGUUUACGCAAACAACGUUAGGCAUCACUCGCAGUCAUGGAGAAUGAAACUCACAGCCUUGAAUCUAUAAUAAACAACAACUUGACCGGGCGCGACUUGGAAGAGUUCAACAGAAUUCAUUUUGGGCGGCGGAAUAACCUUGAAAUCAAACUGAAAGAAUCCUCGAUCGCUGCAGCUAAGGAGGCUGACUUCGACGUCGCCGCAUACGCUUUCCCGGCCAAGGACGAGCAGACCCGACCCCCGAGAAUUGUGAAGGUAGGAAUAGUUCAGCAUUCCAUCGCGGUGCCCACCGAUCGUCCAGUCAACGAGCAAAAGAAAGCAAUUUUCAAUAAAGUCAAGAAAAUCAUCGAUGUUGCCGGCCAAGAGGGUGUUAACAUCAUCUGUUUCCAAGAGUUGUGGAACAUGCCCUUCGCGUUCUGCACAAGGGAGAAGCAGCCGUGGUGCGAGUUUGCCGAAUCAGCUGAAGACGGGCCGACCACGACCUUCCUUCGGGAACUCGCCAUCAAGUACGCAAUGGUGAUCGUGUCCUCGAUAUUAGAAAGGGACGAGAAGCAUUCGGACAUACUUUGGAACACUGCGGUUGUAAUUAGUGACACCGGAAACGUGAUCGGGAAACAUCGCAAGAACCACAUUCCGAGAGUCGGCGAUUUUAACGAAUCCAACUACUACAUGGAAGGUAACACCGGCCAUCCUGUAUUUGCGACCAGAUACGGCAAGAUCGCGGUGAACAUCUGCUUCGGACGGCACCACGUCUUGAACUGGAUGAUGUUCGGACAGAACGGAGCGGAGAUCGUCUUCAAUCCGUCAGCGACGAUCGCCGGAGAAGGCGGCAGCGAGUACAUGUGGAACGUUGAAGCUAGGAACGCAGCUAUCACGAACUGCUACUUCACAGCGGCCAUCAACCGAGUCGGCUACGAGGAGUUCCCGAACGAGUUCACUUCGGCUGACGGGAAACCGGCACACAAAGACUUGGGCCUGUUCUACGGAUCGAGCUACUUCUGCGGCCCUGACGGCGUUAGGUGCCCCGGUCUGUCCCGCACCAGAGACGGCUUGUUGAUCGCGGCCGUAGACUUGAACCUGAACAGACAGAUCAAAGACAGACGCUGUUAUUACAUGACCCAACGCCUGGACAUGUACGUGAACAGUCUCAGCAAAGUACUCGAGCUGGAUUACAAGCCGCAGGUCGUACACGAAAAUGAAAAGCAAUUUUAAGCGAUCCCGUUCCAACAUUGACCACCGAAAUCUAUGUAUUUUGCGACGAAUCUCUAUGUAUUCUUAAAUAAACUGCCUUUCUGCUUUUUA